GCAAACAGGCCUUUAGGAAAUAUCACAGGACACACGGAAUUUCCCGAUUCCCUCACCCUUCGAUUCUCGUUCUCCUACGGAAGGGGAAUAACAUCGACGCCGGAAGGAAAACCGGUAACAGUCUCGGUGAUGGAAUACUCGACGGACCCCCACCAACAGCAAUACUACCACCAUUAUCAGCAGCAACAAAUGGCCUAUGACCCAGCUCACUACCAUCAAUCAACGGCCGCCUACUACGCCUACGCCGAUCAACAACAUUACGAUCGGCACCAAUACCAGUAUUAUCCUCCUCAUGAUUCUUAUACCCAGAUGCAGUACCACCAGUUUCACCAAGAAACGGCUUCAAUUCAGCCUCCCGGGGUCACGAUGCCGCCGGACCCCGCUCAUUUUCAGAAUCAGCAAAACGUUUAUUAUCAAACGCAGGCACCUGUUGAGGGUCAACAGAAACCGGAGGUGAAUCCGGGAUCGGGUGCGGAAUCGGGCGGCUUCAACCCCACUGCAGCCACAUCGGUUCCGGCUCUGUCUCAGGUCAUGAAUUUUGCAGGGAAUAUGGAUGCCGCACAGAGGCCUAUGCUCCCGCCUCAGAUGAAGUCUGCACAUAGGGGCGGAAGAAGUGGUGGUAGGGCUUCCCGAGGAGGUGGUAGGGGUCAUUUUGGUCAUCUUGGUCAUCUUGGCCCCAGAUAUGAUGGCUCGGCACCUUCUCAUAAUAGGGGUCGGGGUCGGGGCCGUGGCCGUGGCCGUGGUGGCAGUGGCAGCAGACACUUUCCAAUGCAUGGUGUAGCACUAGCAACUACAGAUUCUAUGCCAGCACCAAGUGAAGAUGCAGCUGCUACUUCAGUGCCGGCAGCAGCAUUAGUACCCACCCAAGUUCCUGCAGCUACAGUUUGUCCACCUCAACGUAUGGCAUGGUGUGAACUCUGUAGGGUUAACUGCAAUGCGCCAGAAAUUCUUGAACAGCACAAAAAUGGAAAACGACAUAAGAAGAAUUUGCAGAUGCAUGAACAAUCACAGAAACAGAACAAAGAGGCAACUGUCGAGCAAAAUGUACAACCAAUUCCCAAUACUGGAUCAAAAGUUGUUAAAGUUGAUGAAGUUGAGGGAUCUAAGGAAAAACAAUUGCAACAGGAGGGUUUAACUUCUUUGGCUGCAGCCAAUGACAAUACAGAAGAACCUGAGCAGCAGAAAGAUAUGGGAGAAAACUCUGUAGCUUCUACUGUGGAUUCUGUAGAAGCUAAGGGGAAAUCAAGUGAUCAAUUUGAACCUGGGGUGCAUGGUUUUAAGCGGAAAAUGAGAGGUGGAGGAGGGGGUAAAUAUAUCAGAACUAAUCAAGGGGCUAGAAGACCGGUUAAGCCUCCCAAGCAAAAGGAGGUGAUUCCUUUCAUAUGUGAAUUGUGCAAUGUCAAGUGUGAAUCACAGGUUGUCUUCAACAGUCAUUUGACUGGUAAAAAGCAUGUUGCAAACCUUAAGAAGUUUCAAGCCCAUCGAGCUUUAUAUGGAGAAGAAGGACAUCAAGCACUUUAUCCUCCCAAUUAUAGCUCUCCAUCUACCUCCUUCAACCCACAAGUCCAACAAGGUACUGCUGACCCACAAGUUGUUUUGGCUCAGCUUUUGACUUAUGUGCUUGCUCAGGCCCAAGCACCUGGGCUGCUGACUCCUCAGAUACCUCUACCAGCAGCUUCAUUGGCAUCAAUACAAGCAUCAUUAGCAAAUAUGGAAGCCCAGAACCAGUAUCCCCAUUACCAUCAGAAUCAAGAUUCACUCGUCAUAUCAGAAGCUGGGAGCAAGAAUGCUGUCCUGGCAGAACCUGAAAGUCAGCAGCAAUCUAUUACAUUGAACGAUGAAGCUCGAGAACCUACAAGAACAGAUACCAGAGCAGAGGAUGAUAAGUCAGAAUCGGAGAAGACGGCUCUUGGCCUUCCUCAGGAUAAUUUCGUCAUGGCACCAUCAGAGAAUCCAGCUAUUGGAGUUGCUAAACUGCUCUCCCCCACAAAAUUGAACAAAGAUGCAGCUGCACCAGAAUCUCAAGCUGUUGAGUCAGUGACUAACAAUGAUAUAGAGGAACCAGAGUCAGCAGAGGAGGAUCCAGAAGAGGAGUCAGAGGAACCAGAGGAGGAUCCAGAAGAAGAAACGAUAACUUAGUAAGGUGACAUGCAGUACAGUUUCAAAUUUCAUAUGUUUAAUGGAAUAACUACUUACCUAUGUUGUCUUGUCCCCUAAAUUAAUCCUUUAUCCUGGGUGUAGUAUGGUUUAACUGUUGUUUUUUGCUUCCCUUAAGAAAGUCUUUAUAAUAAUGGUUCACAUAGAUUAUCGCAUCAAUACCUUCUUUUU